GCCGGUCUGAUCCUGCUCACGACAUCUCCUUCAAACGUCAAUUCGGCAAAACCGCAACAUCUGAGCGAGACUCUGCGACAAGGGCCGUCAUCCGUGCCACGAUUGCCACGAUUGCAACGCUUCGCGAUUGCUAUGUCAUACAACGAUAUUUCAUCCUUGACGCCUUCCCGGCCAGCUCCUACCCCGCCCUUGCGUUCUAGCAACGGCCAGUCAUCAGAGCGAUACGCUCAGAGGCCUCAAAUUCCUGUGGAUAAGCCUGCGUCGGCCUUCUCGUCCACAGCAUACUCAUCUUCCUUCCCUACACUCGGUGGCUCAGCGGCUUUGGGGCCGUCACCGCCUAAGACCCGACAAAAUGAAGUCCUGCGAACCGGUCCCACUAGUAUGAAGGAAGAGGGACUCCGCAGCUUCUUAUGGAGUAAGCGUUGGCUAGUUCUUGAUUCCCAAAGUCUUGCUGUAUUCAAAAAUGAGCACUCAGCUUCUCCUAGCUCCCUGCUUCCCUUGGCAGAUGUGGUCGAUGUUCAGCGAGUCGACUUGAAGCCCUUCUGUAUCGAAGUAGAGAUCAAGGACAAGCUGGUGUAUCUAGCGUUUCGGACCGACGAGGAGGUGUACGCUUGGAUGGAGGACAUUUACUCCCGGUCACCCCUAAUGGGUGUCAGUCAACCCACAAACUUUGUACAUCAAGUCCACGUCGGUUUUGACCCCAUAUCUGGAGGAUUCACUGGUCUGCCACCUCAAUGGAGCAAGUUAUUGACCUCAUCGGCUAUAACCAAGGAAGACGCUGCUAGGCAUCCUGAAGCGGUGCUGGAUGUACUCCAAUUCUAUACUCAGCAGCAGAUUGGCCAAGAAAGUCAAGUCCUGUCGGAUCAGUCAUCUGCUGCUGAAUUGAGAAGUAAUCUAAACGAGACGAGUGCUGCAUCCAGAUUCAACGGGGUGGGACUAGGGGGACAGCUACAGCGAUCUCAGGCCGAUGGCAAGAAGAUUUUGUCAGGCCAUGAAAGUCACGAUUCCGUCAGAGCGGCACGCAAUCGAGAUGUGAACGGUAGCUCAUCAUCGAGAACAGACCAGACUGCGCGUGUGGUACCGCAUGAGGUGGCGAAGCCCCUGGUGGCGGAGAGAAAGGCCCCUCCACCUCCGAGAGCAGCGCCUACAAGAGAUCCCAAACCAGGUGUCGUUGAACCCGUUGCGGAAGCUUCGAGGGUUGCCGGGCAGCCCGACCGCGUCGGCGAGAACUCGAGCAGUACGACUCGGCAGGAACGGCGCAUCAGCACGAUGAACGAGACGCAAAUCAUGGAAAAGCUUCGCAGCGUUGUCAGUCCUACCGAUCCCAAUCAGCGAUACUCCAAAAUCAAGAAAGUCGGACAAGGCGCUUCUGGUAUGGUUUUCGUGGCUAAAACGCUAGCGACAGGCAAAAAGGUGGCUAUCAAGCAGAUGGAUCUCGCGCAACAGCCUCGGAAGGAGCUCAUCGUCAAUGAGAUCAUUGUCAUGAAAGAAUCGCAGCAUCCGAAUGUUGUCAAUUUUCUCGAUGCAUUUCUGAUACGCUCCUCCGAGCUAUGGAUCAUUCUGGAAUACAUGGAGGGAGGAGCUUUGACGGACGUCAUCGAGAACAACAAAAUGGAGGAACGUCAGAUCUCUGCCAUCUGCUUGGAGACGUGCCGCGGGCUCCAGCAUCUCCAUUCGAGGUCCAUAAUUCAUCGUGACAUCAAAUCAGACAAUAUCUUGAUGAACACACAGGGCGAAGUCAAGAUAACGGAUUUCGGUUUCUGUGCCAAACUGACCGAUCAGAAAUCGAAGCGAGCUACGAUGGUCGGAACCCCGUACUGGAUGGCGCCCGAAGUCGUCAAACAGAAGGACUACGGACCAAAGGUGGACAUCUGGUCUCUAGGUAUCAUGGCGAUCGAGAUGAUCGAGAACGAGCCUCCUUAUUUGGACGAAGAACCUCUGAAGGCGCUAUAUUUGAUUGCGACAAACGGAACGCCCACUUUGAAGGCUCCGGAGACUCUGAGUCAAGAUCUGAAACACUUUCUGAGCGUUUGCCUCUGCGUCGAUGUCUCUUUUCGGGCCACUUCCACAGAACUUCUGAAGCACGACUUCUUGCGUAUGGCUUGCACUGUGCAAGAACUGGCUCCAUUGCUCAAAUUCAAGCAGAUUUAGCGGGGUCGGACAGUUGUAGGUUUUACAUGGUGGGCUUGGUGGCAUUGGAUUUCGCACGGUGCAUUCUGAUCCUGAUCAAGCAUGCA